AAAUGAAGCAAAUCAUAUGUUUCAUCGCAUUUAAUAUUUGGCAAGACACAGAAAGGAAAGUUCAUUACACAUGAAAAUUAAAAUUAAAAAAAAUGAUUAUAUAAUAUUAAUUUAAACAUUUAGAAAAUAAGAAACCAGUUGUUCCAAUCAAGAAGGAAAUCAUUUAUAUCGUAAGAUUUAAAAAAAAAUAUACACAAUUUGACAAUUAUCUUGUAGCGAGUGACAUUUUAGAAAUUUUAUCAUGGAUUGACCUGCGAACCGGACGUGUGUGGGCAAAACGUAAAACUUUGCUAAUAUAAGCCAGAUGCAAGAUUAUGGAGCUGGUGUUUCUAGCAAUAACGCAGAUAUUCGAGAAAGUUCUGAAGGAAAGGAUCGAACGUCUCAACAAUCUGAGAGCUUCCAAACCCACCACUCUAUUACAUACCAAAAUCAUUAUGGAGUCUUCGACAAAGAUUUAUCGGAUCAGAACAUAGCGACGUAUUGUCGUGUAGCGGCAGGAAUAUACGAAGCCACAUCACUGAAUCAACAAUACCAAAACUCGAGAAAUUCAACUGUUCCAACGUUCAGUUCACCACCGAAUUCUCCUCUAGUUGGUCUCGUGUUCGAUCCAUCUUCUCAUAACUACCACGGGUCAGGUAUAAUGGGCGAUAGGGGUGCGAACCUCGACAGACGUUCCCAAAGUACAUGGUCGAUAAACAGUCUAGAGCCAAUAGGGACUGGUGCUAAGAAAAAAAUUGUAAAGAGUCAAGACAAACGUAAUGCGUACAGCGCCGAUCCACGAUAUCACGACCGAGGCAAAGACGAAUAUGACCGACAAAGAAGCCUCCGAGCUGAAUCGUCGUCGAGUCUUGAUUUUUACGUCGAAGGCGAACGUAUGGUCUCGGAACUAUGCAACAUACCUGAUUGUAAGACCGAGAAAACUGGCCAGUUGAAAAAUAAUCAUAAAGGUUCUAACCUAGAUGAGGAUAAAAUUAAAUCGGCUUCAUCCGAAUUACUACUUACGGCUUUAGACAAAAUAGUCGUACAUGAUCAAAUUCCAAAUCAAAUUGUUCAACUUGCUAUUGAAGCUUGCACCGAUGCUGAGAAUAUUGCUAUAGCUCAUCACAACAGGCCCUGCUUUAAAAACAUACAUUCGAUUUGCGCCAAAACUAGGUCUAACGUCCAAAAACCGGAUAGUGCAGUAGCUAACUUACACUCUCAGGGAAUACCCUGGGUCAUUAAGAACUUUAUAUUUUCCUUCGUUAGGAUUUUAGACGGAUGGAAGGGUGUAAAAGAGUUACUUAGCGAAAAACACGAUACAUUUUCCAGAAUUGAAAACAAGUAUUACAGUCCUAAUAUCAGAGAAUGCUUUGUGCAAUGGCAGGCGGUCACCAAGGAAAUGUUAACACACAUAUAUAAGACAUUCAAGUGUCUUGAUCACGGUUUUACUAUGGAACAAAAGAGUUUUGCACACAACUAUUAUGCAACUAAUUCUGCAGCACCUAGACACCAAGCCCAAAGUAAAUAUCAACCGCCCAAACCUCAAAUCAGUAACCCCAGACCAAUAAAUGUAUCUCCGCAACCAUUCAGUACUGUUCAACCACCUUGGAUUCAAGGUCAAAGCCAAACAAGUAAUCAAUCGUUCAACGAAGUACCAUGGGGGCGACCUGGAGUUAGCUAUAAAAAGUUUCCCGUUGUACCACCUAGUACUUUUUACCCUUUAAACGAUCAAAGUGAUAUUGAAGUUUACCAGAAAGUGUCAUAUAAAUGUGAUCCUUGUAGCAUACGUGAAGCUAAACCUCGUCAAUCUUGGACGAUUGCCAACACUCCUGACUUCCGCUCAUUUGAAAGUGUUUGUCAUACGGAUCAGAGAGAUUUAUAUAAUCAAUUGAAACACAAAAUAGAUGCUGAGCUGGUCAAAGCUCCAGGUCAACCCGUGAUGAGUAGCAGCAUGGUCUGCGAUCUGUUACAGCGAAGGGAAAUGGAAAUGAAAGCAAAAAUGAUUCCGUUGAGUCACGUUGAAAAGACUCUGAUACCAAGUAUGGCAUCUGCCGUGGAUCCAAGAACUUGUUUUGUACACAAAAACAAUAGUUGUGGUGACACAAAAGAAGAGAAUGAUUUUUUUGCGACAUGGGGUCAGAUAACACAAAAAGAAACUAAUGAUUACAUGGCUCAUCACACUCAUAACGUUCAGAAUUCACCAAGCGUUUUGACUGUAUCAAGUAAUGUUUCUGGCCCCGUAAAUUUUCUAGAUGAAAAUGAUGAGUUCCACGAAAUGGCUAAAGUUUAUAUGAAACCAGGAAGCUACAAAGUUCCCAUUAAGCCAGCCGAUGCGUUCGCGUCAAGUAGUUCACAAGACGCUGGGAUCGAAGGACAAGCUUUAGAUGAAUUAAAUACAAUGCAAAUAAAAGCAUCGUUUUCAACAAUAACUUUAGCACCACAGCCAAAGUAUAAUCUGGAAUCUUGGCCAUGCAUAAUGACCAGAAGAACGGAAGAGGUUUAUAGCGAGGAUCAAAAAGUUAUAGGUAAACCAUUGCAUACCACAACUUGCUUAGACGUCAGCUCUACAAAUCAGGUGGAUCUUUUAAGCUCUAUGACUUCAGACAGAGCUUGGGAAGCUGCGAAGCAGUCUGCACCGAAACUAAUGGACUUUUUGCACGAGGACUCGAAAUCCGAUACGGCGAGACUCUACGAUGCUUUAGGCUUGUGCACCAAUGACGAUUACACUGAUUUAACGCAAACUAAAGCAGGAAUCGAAGAGACUGACGAAUGGACCGGUACUAUGCCAUCAAACACAAGCUUCUGGAAUCAGAAUACUCGGAACGACCACUGUGUGAAAAGUACAAAUGAUUCAGUGCCACUUGAAGAAGCAACAAAAAAUCAAGAUACAGAGAUUAGAGCUAAAGACGCAAAUGACACUAUUGAAGUUUCUGACUCAAACGAACCAAAAGAGCCUCCCCGAUGUCCGAGCUUUGACCAAAGCGGUAACUGCAUUAGAGAUGAAACUCACAAGAAAUCCACCGGCAAAUUGAAAGUUGGAGCAUCCGGUAUGUGGUAUCACCCGAAAAAGAAAAAGCCAUUAUCGAGUGGCAUUGUUAAGAAAUUUGAAAAUUUACUUGCCAAUUUGUCGAAAGUGAACGAAGCUGCAUUUAUUCAACAAGAUAUGGAUAUUAAAAUGGCCCCGCGAUUUUAUGAGAUCGUCAAAUAUCCGAUGUGUCUUCACGAUAUAUCGACUAAACUGAAGAAUUCUUCAUACACCGACCACGAACAAGUCGUGCAAGAUUUUCGGCGGAUUUUCAACAAUGUCCGUCUUUAUUUAAAGAGUCACCCUGAUGCGGCAAUGAAAAAAAACGUUAAUAAAGUUUCCAAUGAAUUCGAGAAGAUGUUGAACGAUGAAUUUCCGAACAAACGCGACGGAAAAUCACAGGCUGACAACACAAUGCAACACAAGAAACACGAAAAGGAAGAAACAAUUAAAUGCGAUGAUACAAACAAGAGAGGCGAUAUGAAAACUCCGGCUGACGAGAAAAAAUAGCGAAGUAACGUUAAAUGACUUGAUUUAUUAAAAAAAAAAAAACAGUAAAUGAAUAAGUUCGAAGGGCUUAUGAUUCUGUUGUAUAUGAAAAUUAUAUUUUUAUUAAUCAGGGCAUUUAAUGUCAAGGUAUGUUCUAAAUUAUGCAUGCGCUUGCGUCCUAUCCAAACGAUAUGGCGUCAGUGACAUUUGACACUUUAAAAACAAUAUUUCACGACCUAAAAUUUGCGAAUUUCAUCUUUUUGAAAUUUUGAGUGCAAAGUGAUAGAUGUAAUUGGUUGGUAUUUUCUUUUUCUUUUAGUAAACAAAUAAUGGAAAAGUGUCGGUAGCUAAAUGCUACUACCUAAAUGGAACUCUUAGAUAUUUUUUUGUAAAUAUAACACCGAAUCGCUCGAUUUUUUUAUUUAGGCCUAGCAACAAUUACAUAAAAAAGAUUUUUGAACAUAGCGCUUAUGGUUCCCUCUAGGUGCGGGGACCUCGUUGAGGUCGAGCCCCAGGCGCGAAAAGAAAAAGAUUCUUAGGCUUCUGACCAGUUUGCAUUAAUUACCAUUACAAACUGACUAACUUCAAGCGUUCGAUUAGUUUAAAAUGUUUAUUUCCAAAUGGAUAAAUUGUAUUAUAAACAUUGUAUGUUUUAUAGUUUUAUAGAACUAUGAAUAUACUUACGUUUAUCUAGUCAAAAAUAUUAUACUUGUCUUUAAAAUGCCUGUGCUGUCAUCAAAUCUAGUAAUGUGUUAAGAACUACCACUUAUUAUGUAAGAGCUUGCCAAUUUUUCUAGAUUAAUUUACAGGUCGACUCGUGACCGGAAAUUGUCUUUUUCCUUUAUUAAUUAUCUACGUAUUUGUUGUCUUUAGAUUUUAAUUUCGUUUAGUUUCCUGUUUAGCUUAUAAUUUCUAAAAUUCAUUAGAAUUUAUAUCCGAAUUUAAUGUAGCCAGCCUUUGAUUUGUUGUUUUUGAAAAUAGGACUUUAAGAUAAGUAUCUGGUAAGGUCUUCAUUGGAAAGUAAACUGAAAUUUGUUAAUUCCUUUCUAUUGUGAUAAAUGACGAUAUUUUUGUAAGAUUUGUGUUGUUUUAUAUUUCCAUUUUAAAUUCUCUUGGUUGGCUGUUGUCUAAAGCUGUUCAUGGUAAACUUAAAUUUAUGUUAAAAACAAAUUAGUUAACUAGUGCCAUCUAUGUUUUUACUUACCGUGCUAUUUAGCAUCAAAUUGACGGAAUUAAUGUUACCAACAAAAUCUGUUGAUAGACAAUUUAUUGGGAUAAAGUAAAUUAUUCAUUUAAAUAUUAAAUAAUUACACCCAAGAAAAACAUCCAAAACGUUUGCCAGAAAAACAACUAGGUUGUAAUUAGAUUCCAAAAAAUAUAUUUCCCGCUAUUUUUUUAAAUGCGAAACAAUUCUAUAUUCUGUUAGGUAUGAUUUUAAUUGUCUCUAUCUGUGAUGUAUGUUUAGGUAAAAGUUGAUUAAUAAUUAAUCGAAAGUAGAUAAUGUAAAUAGAAACUUGAAUGAAUAUGAUUUGUUAGUAAAUUGUAUUUAGUUGGUUGUGUAAAAAUUUUGUGUUAUCUGUACAUACAAAAUAAAACAAGCUAUAAAUAUUUUCUUGAUUAGUUAAAUCAAAACAUGGAAACGAUUAGAACCUGAAAACUAUUUUAUUUACUGGUCGUAUGGCAAAUUGGCCAUAACGCCUUGUAACGGUACGAUAAAAAUUGAAAAUGCCUUAGGUAUAGUUCCGCAUCAUCUUUCAUCUUUCAAAAACAUUGAUUCGAUCAACUUUAUUGCAAUCGAUUGAAUUUGUCAAUUUUUGAACUCGCCUUUGUGACAUAGCUUGUUCUUCCCUAGAGACCUUUCGAAGGCAGUGUAAUGAAGCUGUAAAUACCCGUAGAAUAGAUUUUAGCACUAAUUUAGUAAAUUUUAAACGAUUUCAUAGAAUAAAAAAAUUAUAAAAAAACAUUAUUCGCUGAUCUGCUGGUUUAGUAGGGCUGAGAGAGAUUCAAGACAAAAGUACCUACCAAUAAUUUCUCGAGAUGGGCAUUAGUUGAAUUAAAUCGGCGAAUAUGUGAAUGUAACGCUUUAUCCGUAUGAAUCGAUUUUAGAGAAUCGAUUCUAAACAAAAGGCGAAUUUAACCGCUUGAGCAUGACCGAUAAAUCGAUUCAUAAAAAUGUUUACCGCCCUAAAACAUUAAUAAUUCGACUAUGUAGCUAAGAGCCGAUCUGUGUACGCAAAAUACAAGCAACUCUCACAUGAAAUAUACCUAAUGAAUCGCGACAUUGUUUGGUUAUUUGGAGAAAUUCGUCACCUCUAUUUAGGUCAUAUUUUCAUAUUCACAAAUGAAUUUUCACUUUCAUUGUCUGUUAAAUAAUUUAUUUUAACGAAUACAAGUUUUAUUAUGGGAUUUUCGAAAGUUUUGAAGGCAUUGCUCUCAAAUAGUUUAGGGCAAUAUCUAUAGCGUGUAGCUUUGUGAUGUCAUUGUGACUUCAAUCGAUUGGAUAGUGAGGGAUAUAAUAAUGGUGAAAGAGAAGAUAUGUAUAUUGAAAUGUUAAUGUUAAAUUCCAAAUUUGAUUUGCUUCGUUUGUGUUAAUUUUUAAGUGACGAUGUUAAGUUGUGAUUUUAUUAAUUUAUUUACCUCAAAUUAUGGCAAGGAACUCGUGUGUGCUUAAUAAAUGAGCUUUGAUUUAAAAA